AUGGCUCACUCCUCUGACUACCACAACCAUAGGGAAAUGACCAACGGGCGAGGACAUCCUCUCCCCCACCCUCAUAAUGGGGGAGGCUACCCUCACCCCCACAAUGGGGGCCAGGCUGGGGGAUCCCACUCGACAAACCGCUACAUGCAGAAGAAGCAUCACCGCCACAGGGGAGGCAGGUCCUCACCCAUGGGCAGAGUCAUCCUCAUCAACUCUCCUGUCGAUGGUGGGGAUGACUGUGAAGACCUCCACACAGUGACAGUAGAUAAGAGUGCAGACGGCCGUCUGGGAUUCAGUGUUAGAGGUGGUUCAGAACACGGACUCAGCAUCUUUGUCAGCAAGAUAGAGGAUGACAGCUCUGCAGAGCAGGCAGGUCUCUGUGUAGGGGACAAGCUGGUGGAGGUGAAUGGUAUCAGCCUGGAAAGCAUCACUAUGAGCAGUGCUGUGAAGGUCCUGACGGGGAACAACAGGCUGAGGAUGGUCGUGAGACGUGUGGGGAAAGUCCCUGGUAUACGCUACUCCAAGGAGAAGACUACAUGGGUGGAUCUGAUCCAGAGGCGUAUGGUAGUAGAGGAGAGUGGUCGUACUCCUUCAGAUGCCAGUUCAGACAGUGUUCUCCGUAGGAUGGUUCACCUCUACACAACCUCAGAUGACUACUGCCUGGGAUUCAACAUCAGAGGGGGCAAAGAGUUCGGACUGGGCAUCUACGUCUCUAAGUUGGACCCUGGGGGUCUGGCGGAGCAGCACGGCAUCAAGAUGGGCGACCAGAUCCUGGCAGCCAAUGGGGUGAGCUUUGAUGGCAUCACCCAUAGCAAUGCCGUGGAAGUUCUGAAGAGCCACACCCACAUCAUGCUGACCAUCAGGGAGGCAGGAAGAUACCCUGCAUACAAAGAGAUGGUGGCUGAAUACAGCUGGCUCAGCAAAAUGGCCAAUGGAGGGCCUCCGUCCUCUUCCCAGGGCUCUGACUCUUACUCCUCGGCCUCCUCCCUGUCUUCCACCCCCCUCAGCUCCCUUAGUGGUCUCUCCCAGGUCCUCUUCCCCCCCGCCUUUGGCUCUGACAUGGUGGACGUCUGCAUCUCCACUGAGGACCGCUCUCGCCGCACCAGCAACUCCGAACGCACCGCAGAGACCGCCAUGCAGACUGACCUACACCCCCCCUUGGACUCUAACGCAUCCCUCUUGCCUCAUGGAAGGCUGGUUGCCAUGGAAACCAGCCGGACGCUAGGCGCCACUGUGUUUUUGAAGGACACACCAAUUCGGGGGAAAGGAGAGGGUCCUGUGGAAAGGGGAGGGGCUGGAGAUGGGGGAAGGGGCAAAAGGGGGAUGUUGUCACCAGGGGAACAGGACGUGGCGCAGGACUCCCCGAAAACGGCGGUGCUUAUGGCCCUGAGCAGACCGAGAAAGCCCAUCAGACGAUCCCAGAGCCAUAUCACAGUUACAGAGGACAAGCAGAAGAAGAAGAAGCAGGGAAAGGAGAAGAGUGCAGGAGAGAGAGAGGGCAGCAAGACCCUGCAGCGCUCCAAGACCUUCGUCAGCCUCCUUUUUAAGAGAGAUGCACGGAGAGACAUGUCCGGGAACAGGAGAGAGAGAGACACAUCACGGGACAGUAGAGAGACAGGGACAGGGGACUCCCACAGGGGUCGAUUUAAAUCACCCUCCCACCAUGCUGACAAGGAUAAAGAGAGGGGUCGUCCGUUCCAGCUGUUGACGUCUCCAAGGGAGACCCGUGCUGGGUUGAAGGACAGCAGCCCCCUGCUUCACCCUGAGACCCUGGGAGAAGUGGAGAACAUGGCCAGGAAACUGCUCAGUCAGGACGAGGUCACUGCAGUCAUGAGACACUGUAAGCGGUUUAUGUUGGAGUGUGUGGUGGAGGAUCUAGUACACCCUCUACUGGCCAUACUGGACCGACCUGAGAAACUACUACUGAUACGAGAGAUCAGGAUGCUGAUCCCUCCUACAGAGCUGGGCCGUUUUGACAGUAUUGUCAUGCCCUUUGAACUGGAGGCCUACGACAUACUGAAGAGCCGCUCAUUGAGGUCUCCUGUCCUGCGCUCUCGUCGCAGUGGAACCCCUCGACGACACCUCAUCACCCCCAUACCAGACUACCAUGGUGGUUUCCAGCUUCAGCCAGCCAAGGACUUGGGGAGAGACCAUCAGCUGAUGGAAGACCUAGAGAGACUACGUGUGUCUGGCCUCCAGGAUGGUCUCCUGCCCCCUUCCCGCGCUUUCACCCCCCUCUUGGAUGUCCCCAUGGACAGCUACACCCACCACACCCUACGCUCACGCUCUCCGAGCCCCUCACCCCCCAACUGGCUCCUCACAGAAUCCCCACACACUACCAGACGCCAACCCCAAACCAGCCACUCUCCAAAUAGGCGAGACAAUGGUUUGUCCUGGCCCCGGCACUAUGAUGAGACCUCAUUGCUGUCGGAAGAUACCACUCUGGAGCGGGGGAGGUCGCCGGUGAGGAACAAACAUAAUGGAAGGGUCAGGAGGGACCAAUGGGAGGGCGGCCCUGAGAGGAAGCGAGGGAUGGCCGAGGGGUACAUGGAGGUGAGAGUACACUUACCCCCCAGGAACAUUCAACCCACCCAGGCUCAGGUGCUUGAGCCUCCCCCACAGGACCGAAGCCCCUCGACAGGGAGGGAGAGGGUGGGACAAGGCCAGAGAGGGAAGGUGAAGCAAGCGAACAGACUUUCGCCAGGACGGUCGCAGAAUGGUCACCAUGGAAACGCAACACCUGGAGCCAUUCAGGAGUAUGAGAUCACCACGGUGACCAUCUCCAAAUCAAAACAGUCUCUGGGUAUCAGUAUCUCAGGUGGGAUGGAGUCCAAGGUGCAGCCUGUGAUCAAGAUAGAGAAGAUCUUUCCAGGAGGAGCUGCCUCUACCAGUGAUGUUCUGAAGGCUGGGUAUGAGCUGGUGUCGGUGGACGGUGAGUCUCUGCAGCGUGUGACCCAUCUUCAUGCGGUGGACGUAAUUCGCCGGGCGUUCAGCAACAAGGCCAAAGACUCCAUGGUGUUCAUCGUCAAGGUCCCCAAGGGGCCCUAAGAACCCAAAGAGCCCUGCUGACUAGCCCACUGUCAGGCUUACAUAAAUACUACAACCUGAGUACUACAGGCCUGUCAAAAAGGAUGCUCCGAGGUGCAGUUCACCAACCCACUUUGUCUUGAAAUGGAAAUGAAUGAAACGCUGGUGUUCAAACCAGAACGUUGUCAGAUACGAGUAUGUGGAUUUACAGAAGAUGAGGAUUCGUCUGAUGCAGAUGGUUCGGAAUGGAAGGGAAUGGUCUACUCACAGAGGAGCGGAAGGUACCUCUUACACUGACCAAUACGCUUGCUUCUCCUCUAGGGCAAAAGGGACAAUGUUUCCAUAGAAAACAGGAAAUACUGCUAAAACAAAAUGCAGGCAAGCAAUGUCUCUCACCACUCGCACGCAGGAAGUAUAACCCCCCCUAUACGCACAGUUCCAGGGACCAUUUCAGUCCACCACGGUCCUGCCAGAGAGAGAGUUAUUACUGUGUUCAACGUCAUGAGGUUUAUAGUCCAGAUUAAGCCUCUGUAUUAUAGUUGUGGUUUAGUGGAUGUCUAGGGGAUUAGUACAAAUUGCAGCUCUGUUUAAAACUGUAUUUCUGGCAAACAGAGGUCAUGUCUCUGGAGCAGGAUGCCACUUUAGAUGCUUCAUUACAUAGGCUUGUGGACUGAGCCUGAACAGACAUGUGGAGGAGAUGGAGGAAAACCUAAAUGAUGUACAGGAUGUGAGGACCAGUGGCUUAAACUAAGGUUGGGUUGAGAGGCAGAGGGGCUAAGACUGGGGUGAAGAGAGAGGGACUGUCUGGGUCUGGGAAGGGUGGAUGAAGGGCUAAUGUUAGGUCAAGGGUUAAUAUUAGGUUAAGUUUAGGUCCCUAACUCCCUGGAAUCACCAGAGUGUACAGUGCACCACGUAUAGUUCCUGACCUUUAUGAGCGGCAGAGGGCCUGAGAGGUGCUUACAUAUGACUUGCUGUAGGGCUAGAAUGUCUGGCUGGUGACAAAUGCUGCUGUAAAGCUCAAUGGCAGUAUGGUCGGCUAAGCUUCUGUUAUUUAUAUAUAUGUAUAUGUGUUUAUAUAUGUAUGUAUGUAUGUGUGUGUGUGUGUGUGUGUGUGUGUGUGUGUGUGUGUGUGUGUGUGUGUGUGUGUGUGUGUGUGUGUGUGUGUGUGUGUGUGUGU